AUGCACAGUAUUAAGAAUGCAAAUCCCAGGACGGGCGAGGCAGGCUCGUUCCCAGCCGUGGACGCCGCCGAAGAAAAGCCCAACAAUGGGCAAGAUAAUGAGGGCUUCUCCAGCGACUCUGACAACCUCAGCCUCGAAGAGAAGAAUGAGAGAGAAAUCCAACGGAAUCCCAACCAAGUCACUGCCAACGCUGAGCUUGGUAUCCAAAAGGCCGAGGCUGCUGCUCUCGUCUGGACCAAGAAGACAGUCUACUGCGCCUAUGCCUGGAUCUGGCUUUGCUUCUUCAUGCUGGCCUUCCAGCAGGCGAUUCUGUUCAAUGUCACUGCCACUGCGUAUGCCGAGUUCUCGACGGCACCAGCCAUUGCCACAGCCUCUAUUCUCGCCAACAUUAUUGGCGGAGUCUUGAAGUUGCCGAUCGCCAAGACGCUCAACAUCUGGGGCCGAGCUGAGGGCUACCUGGUCUUUUUCUGCGUCUACUUGCUUGGCAUCGUUAUCUUGGCAUCCAGCAAUGGACCCGACAGCUAUGCAGCGGGCUAUGUCUUUUACUGGAUUGGCUACGAUGCCGUUUAUCUGAUCCUGGACAUCUUUGUUGCCGAUACGUCGGGUCUGCGAAAUCGUGCCUUUGCAUUCUCCUUCGUGUCUACGCCCUUUAUCUGCACAGCCUUUACUGGCCCAUUGGCCGCGCAGGCCUUCUUGCUACACAGUACCUGGCGCUGGGCCAUUGGAUGCUUUGCCAUAAUCCAGCCCUUCAUCUUCAUUCCCCUGGCCGUGGUGUUCAAGUUCUACCAGAAGAAGGCUGAGCGAUUGGGUAUCUACAAGCACCAGAGCAGCGGGCGCACGACCAUGCAGUCCAUCGUCCACUACAUUCACGAGUUCGAUGUUAUCGGCGCCAUUCUCCUCAUGGCUGCUUUCGUUCUCUUCCUCCUGCCCUUUGCCCUCGUCAGCUACGGCCGAGCCACCUACGACAGCGCUACCUUCAUCGCCAUGGUCAUUUUCGGAGUCCUGCUGUUCCCCGUCUUCGCCGCCUGGGAGAAGUGGUUUGCCAGAACCCACUUCGUCAGAUGGGAACUCUUCAGACAGAGAACCGUCCUGGGUGCCUGCUGCAUGGCUGCCCUCUCCUUCUUCAGCUUCUACUCGUGGGACCUCAACUUUUACAGCUUCGUCCUCGUGGUGUACAACCUCAACUUCAGCAACACCGGCUACAUGACGCAGAUUUACAACGUCGGCUCCUGUUUCUGGGGUGUCGUGUUUGGUCUCUGGGUCAGAUACACCAAGCACUUCAAGUACACGGUCCUCUUCUUCGGUCUUCCUCUCAUGAUCCUCGGUGCCGGCCUGAUGAUCCACUUCCGCGGACAGGACGCCGACAUUGGCUACAUCAUCAUGUGCCAGAUCUUCAUCGCCUUUGGCGGUGGCACCAUUGUCAUUGGUGACAACAUGGCUGUCAUGGCGGCUAGUGACCGUGACGGUGUCCCCAUGCUACUUGCUAUUCUUAAUCUUUUUGCUAGCAUUGGUGGCGCCAUCGGUGAUGCUGUCUCUGUUGCUAUUUAUUCCAAGACUUUCCCUGAUGCUCUUCGCUCGAGGCUACCUGCGGAUAUGCAGGACCAGGUUAGUAAGAUUUAUCUUGGUGGAUAUGCCACGCAGAUUACUUUCCCGGUGGGAUCGCCGACUCGAGAUGCUAUCAACUAUGCGUGGGGUCAGAGUCAGAGGUAUGGGUCUAUUGCGGCGACUGCUAUUCUGACGCUGGGUAUUCCUGCUGUUGCGGUGUGGAAGAAUUAUCGGGUGGACAAGAAGCAGAACAAGGGUACCGUCAUUUGA